AUGAAUUCUGGAGUUGCUAUGAAAUAUGGAAAUGACUCCCCUGCAGAGCUGAGUGAGCUUCAUUUAGCAGCCCUGGCUUCAUUAAAGGGAGACAUAGUGGAGCUUAAUAAACGUCUACAACAAACAGAAAGGGAGCGUGACCUGUUGGAAAAGAAAUUGGCAAAAGCACAGUGUGAACAAUCCCACCUAAUGAGAGAGCACGAAGACGUGCAGGAGCGAACAACACUACGCUACGAGGAGCGAAUCACAGAGCUGCACAGUAUCAUUGCUGAAUUAAAUAAGAAAAUUGAUCGGCUACAGGGAACAACAAUAAGGGAGGAAGAUGAGUAUUCAGAGCUACGGUCAGAGCUCAGCCAAAGCCAGCAUGAGGUUAACGAAGACUCACACAGCAUGGACCAGAAUUCUGUUUCGGUACCAGAAAAUCAGUCCACCGUGGUCACUGCAGACGUGGAUAACUGUAGUGACUUGAAUUCAGAACUGCAAAGAGUGCUGACAGGUCUGGAAAAUGUUGUCUGCGGGAGGAAGAAAAGCAGCUGCAGUUUAUCGGUAGCAGAAGUGGAUAGACAUAUUGAACAACUCACUACCGCCAGCGAACAUUGUGAUUUAGCCAUUAAGACCGUAGAAGAGAUUGAGGGUGUACUGGGACGUGACCUUUAUCCAAAUCUAUCUGAAGAGAGAUCUCGAUGGGAAAAGGAGCUAGCUGGCUUGCGGGAAGAGAAUGAGAGCCUCACAGCCAUGCUGUGUAGCAAGGAGGAGGAGCUGAACAGGACCAAGGCCACCAUGAACGCUAUUCGUGAAGAAAGGGACCGACUGCGUAGAAGGGUUCGGGAACUGCAAACACGUUUGCAAAGCGUGCAGGCAACAGGCCCAUCCAGCCCAAGUCGUCUCACUUCUGCCAAUCGACCCAUUAACCCCAGCACGGGAGAGCUGAGCACAAGCAGCAGUAGCAAUGACAUUCCCAUAGCCAAGAUUGCUGAAAGAGUGAAGUUGUCAAAGACAAGAUCAGAGUCUUCAUCAUCUGAUAGACCUGUCUUAGGAUCAGAAAUCAGCAGCAUAGGGGUGUCUAGUACUGUGGCUGAACAUUUGGCACAUUCCCUCCAAGACUGCUCAAACAUCCAGGAAAUCUUCCAGACUCUCUAUUCACAUGGAUCUGCUAUUUCUGAAAGUAAAAUCCGAGAGUUUGAAGUGGAGACAGAGAGAUUAAAUAGCCGUAUUGAGCACUUGAAAUCCCAGAAUGACUUGCUGACAAUAACACUCGAAGAGUGCAAGAGCAAUGCGGAGAGGAUGAGCAUGCUUGUUGGGAAGUACGAGUCCAAUGCCACAGCCCUCAGGCUUGCAUUGCAGUACAGUGAACAGUGCAUAGAAGCAUAUGAGCUGCUGUUGGCAUUGGCAGAAAGUGAGCAGAGUCUCAUUCUUGGGCAAUUCAGAGCUGCAGGUGUUGGUUCUGUUGGGGACCAGACAGGUGAUGAAAACAUCACCCAGAUGCUUAAGAGAGCUCAUGACUGCAGGAAGACAGCUGAGAAUGCAGCAAAAGCCUUGCUGAUGAAACUAGAUGGGAGCUGCGGGGGAGCCUAUGCAAUCACUGGCUGUAGCGUGCAGCCCUGGGAAAGUUUGUCAUCCAACAGCCACACAAGUACUACCAGCUCAACUGCAAGCAGUUGUGAUACGGAAUUUACAAAGGAGGAUGAGCAGCGGCUGAAGGAUUACAUCCAGCAGUUGAAAAAUGACAGGGCAGCAGUAAAACUGACAAUGCUGGAGCUGGAAAGCAUCCACAUUGAUCCCCUUAGUUAUGACGUUAAACCUCGUGGAGACAGCCAGAGGCUAGACCUGGAAAAUGCGGUCUUGAUGCAGGAACUUAUGGCAAUGAAGGAGGAGAUGGCAGAGCUCAAGGCACAGCUUUACCUGCUAGAGAAGGAGAAGAAAGCAUUGGAAUUGAAACUGAGCACUCGAGAGGCCCAGGAGCAGGCCUACCUUGUCCAUAUUGAGCAUUUGAAAUCUGAAGUGGAAGAGCAAAAAGAGCAGAGAAUGAGGUCUCUCAGCUCAACCAGCAGUGGAAGCAAAGACAAAUUGGGCAAGGAAUGCAGCGAUGGCACCGCGACACCGUUAACGCUAGCUGAACUGAGACCGUACAAUGAGGGUGAACUGACUGCUGAACUGACAAGUGCACUCAGGCGGGAGAAGAAACUGAAAGCUAGAGUGCAAGAGUUAGUGAGUGCUUUGGAGAGACUCACGAAGAGCAGUGAAAUCAGACAUCAGCAGUCUGCAGAAUUUGUUAAUGACCUUAAAAGGGCAAACAGCAACUUGGUAGCAGCUUAUGAAAAAGCAAAGAAAAAGCACCAAAAUAAGCUGAAGAAACUGGAAUCGCAAAUGAUGGCCAUGGUGGAGAGACAUGAAACACAAGUGAGGAUGCUCAAACAAAGAAUAGCUUUACUGGAAGAAGAGAACUCUAGACCACACACCAAUGAAACUUCACUUUAAGUGCAUCUCUUUCAAAGAUGCUUAGUGCCAUUACAAAUUUCUUGCUUUUGGAGGCUGACUUUUAGGUAGCUUCAAACGCUAAAAGCUCUGAGUGUCAAUGCUGACACACUUAAGCACCUUCUCCGGGAUCCCAGAGAGGUGCAAUGGGGAUAAUAUAAGUGUUAACCUUAAGGACUGUUUCAUAAUGUAAAAUGGCAGUGCCUGAAUUAUCAUGCUAUAAUUAUCUAUAUUGUCUGUGUCACUAUGUCUAUAUUCAUACAGCUUCUCUUCCAUUUUAUGUAUGUCCCAUGGGUGACAGUGUCACAUAGCAAAA